GAGAUGACCGGAGAAUUGUAGUUUUGGCAGAGAAGUUCUUUUGUGGGAAGUUGUGAAAGAUUUGAAUGAGGGAUACGAUUAUAUAAAGAGGAAACUUGAGGAUUUGAGGAGAGCAGGGAAAGGACGCUGGAAAAAUUCCUUCUCCUCGUCAGCAGCACACACAUUCAGAAGAGACACGUUUACUGUGUCGAGUUGGAGUUUCUCUGUUGGUUUGGCUUGCUUUGCAAAUCUUGCUCAGCUGAUUAAUGGCAGUUUAAGCUUUGCAGAGAGGAAAGAAAGGGGGCUGGAGCAUUGCUGCUGACCCGCCCCUGGACCACACUCUCCACCUCCUGAUUUCCCUUAAGCUCUGGGCUUUUUUUUUCCUCCUCUGAUUUCCCUUCCUUCGUUAUUCUUUGUGUGUUUUCUCUCUCUGUCUCUGUCUGCCUGUCUCUCUCUCUCUCUCUCUCUCCCCCCCUCUCUUGUCCCCAACACUCAAAGCCCCAGUGAUGGCUAUAGCCAGUUUUGUACUCUUUUGCUUGGCUCUGCACCGGGCAGCCUGCUUGUUCGACUACGACGACACCGUUUACGACUAUUUUCCCGACCAAGACGAUCCGACAGAUGUCGAUUAUAAAGAUCCCUGCAAAGCUGCUGCCUUUCUGGGAGACAUUGCACUGGAUGAAGAAGACUUGAAGUCAUUUAAGGUCGACUGGAUUGUAGAUUUAAAGAAACAUCGAAUCCAGAAGUUUGGGCUGUCUGCAGAUCAGCUCAGUGACCUGCAGUUGAACGGAACGAACCUUUCAAGGGACAGUACAGUGGGCCGACUCAGCAGCAAGGCACAGCGAGGUGAUAGAGCCCGGAAUAUAAGAGGCAAGAGGAGGGGCAGAAAGUUCCGGAAGAAUGAGACUCGUAGUCGAACUCGCCGAGCUUCCACUUCCCGUCCCGAGCGCGUCUGGCCUGAGGGAGUGAUCCCUUACGUGAUUGGAGGAAAUUUCACUGGGAGCCAGAGAGCUAUCUUCAGGCAGGCGAUGAGGCACUGGGAGAAGCAUACCUGUGUCACAUUCCUGGAACGCACUGACGAAGACAGCUAUAUUGUUUUCACAUACAGACCCUGUGGCUGUUGUUCCUAUGUGGGGCGGAGAGGCGGAGGACCUCAGGCCAUCUCCAUUGGGAAGAACUGCGACAAAUUUGGGAUUGUCGUCCACGAGCUGGGCCAUGUCAUUGGAUUCUGGCAUGAGCAUACGCGGCCUGACCGAGACCACCAUGUGACCAUCGUAAGGGAAAACAUCCAGCCAGGCCAAGAGUACAACUUCCUCAAGAUGGACCCGGAAGAGGUGGAUUCCCUGGGGGAGACAUAUGAUUUCGAUAGCAUCAUGCAUUAUGCCCGGAACACUUUCUCGAGGGGGAUUUUCCUCGACACUAUCCUUCCUCGGUACGACGAGAAUGGCGUCCGACCCCCAAUAGGACAGCGGACACGACUAAGCAAGGGAGAUAUCAGCCAGGCUCGCAAGCUGUACAGAUGCCCAGUCUGUGGUGAAACGCUUCAAGACUCCCUGGGCAACUUCUCAUCUCCUGGCUUCCCAAAUGGCUAUUCAUCUUUUACACACUGCAUCUGGAGGAUUUCCGUUACUCCUGGAGAGAAGAUUAUUCUAAACUUCACGGCAAUGGACACGUUCAGGAGCCGGCUGUGCUGGUACGAUUAUGUCGAAGUGCGAGAUGGAUACUGGAAGAAAGCCCCAUUGCGUGGCAGAUUCUGCGGAGAUAAAGUUCCUUCCUCUCUCAUCUCAACAGAUAGCCGGCUGUGGAUUGAGUUCCGCAGCAGCAGCAGCUGGGUUGGCAAAGGAUUCUCUGCUGUGUAUGAAGCCAUUUGUGGUGGGGAUAUCAAUAAGGAUCUCGGGCAGAUACAGUCUCCAAAUUACCCUGAUGACUACAGGCCAUCAAAAAUCUGCAUUUGGAGGAUAAGAGUUUCCGACAGCUUCCACGUGGGGCUUACCUUUCAAUCAUUUGAGAUUGAGAGACACGAUAGCUGUGCAUACGACUACCUCGAGGUCCGUGAUGGAAGCACUGACGACAGCCCCCUGAUUGGCCGUUACUGUGGCUAUGACAAACCUGAUGAUAUCAAGUCGAGCUCCAACAAACUGUGGAUGAAAUUUGUGUCUGAUGGGUCCAUCAACAAACAAGGCUUCUCCGCAAACUUCUUCAAAGAGGUGGACGAGUGCUCCCGGCCUGACAACGGUGGGUGUGAGCAGCGCUGUGUUAACACACUGGGCAGUUAUAAGUGCGCCUGUGAUCCUGGCUACGAGCUGGCAAAUGACAAGAGAAGCUGCGAAGCUGCAUGUGGUGGUUUCCUGACAAAGCUGAAUGGCUCCAUAACCAGCCCAGGGUGGCCGAAGGAAUACCCACCCAACAAGAACUGUGUCUGGCAAGUCGUAGCACCCACCCAGUAUCGCAUCUCCCUCCAGUUUGAGUUCUUUGAGAUCGAAGGCAAUGAUGUUUGUAAAUAUGACUACGUCGAAGUCCGCAGUGGCCUCUCUGCUGACUCCAAGCUUCAUGGCAAAUUCUGCGGUGCAGAGCAGCCGGAGGUGAUCACGUCCCAGUACAACAACAUGCGGAUAGAGUUUAAAUCGGACAACACCGUCUCCAAGAAAGGUUUCAAGGCCCAUUUCUUCUCUGACAAGGAUGAGUGCUCAAAGGAUAACGGCGGCUGCCAGCAUGAGUGCGUCAACACUUUUGGGAGUUACACGUGUCAGUGCCGCAGCGGUUUCAUGCUUCAUGAGAACAAGCAUGAUUGCAAGGAAGCUGGAUGUGAACACAAGAUCAACAGCGUUUCGGGCACCAUCACCAGCCCCAACUGGCCCAAUAAAUACACAAGUCGGAAGGAGUGCACCUGGGAGAUCACAACUACACCUGGGCACCGGGUUAAACUGGCAUUUAAUGAGUUGGAUAUUGAACAGCAUCAGGAGUGUGCUUAUGAUCACUUGGAGCUUUACGAUGGCAAAGACUCGAAAGCGAAGGUUAUUGGCCGAUUCUGUGGUAGUAAGAAGCCAGAGCCUCUCAUCUCCACCUUCAAUAAGAUGUUCAUUAAAUUCUUCUCUGACAACUCUGUACAGAAAAAAGGCUUUGAAGCUACUCACACCUCAGAAUGUGGGGGCAAGCUGAAGGCCGAAGUGAAAACCAAGGACCUGUACUCUCACUCGCAGUUUGGUGAUAACAAUUACCCUGGAGGAGCUGAUUGCCAGUGGGUGAUCCGGGCUGAGGAGGGCUACGGGGUUGAGCUGAUAUUUCAGACCUUCGAGAUCGAGGAGGAGGCAGACUGUGGCUACGAUUACAUGGAGUUGUUUGAUGGCUCAGAUGACACUGCCCCAAGGCUGGGCAGGUUCUGUGGCUCCGGGCCUCCUGAGGAAAUUUAUUCUGCCGGGGAUUCUAUCAUGAUUCGCUUCCACACGGAUGACACCAUUAACAAGAAGGGGUUCCACGCACGUUACACCAGCACCAAGUUCCAGGACACUCUUCACUUGAGGAAAUGAUCUGAACCCUAGGCGAACCAAGGGACUUGGGAAUUUGCAAAUUUCUUUUUUUUAAUCGUACUGUAAAAAUUCUCCCACGAGGAACAUAGCCAUUUCCAAAAUUUCAGCACUUUAAAUGAAAAAAAAACAGCUGAAAUGACUCGUUUGUAUUAUGAUAUGUGAUGCUUCAAGUGCAGCGAAUGACUGGGAAUCGCCAAGCGACUCAGUAUUGCAGUGUUUUCAAACAAAAAAAGGACUCAGUGUUGUGAGAGAUUCCUUUCGGGAAGACUACCGGAAGCUGUAGUAUGAUCCCCUUUUCAUGGGCGUACAUAGCUUUCUUUCAAACAGCUUGAAAGACGAGUCAGUGCAGCUGCCCGCUGUACUGACCCCUGGACUUCUGUGAAACUCCUGUCUCUAUCUCUCUCUGUCUCUGUCUCUGUCUCUCACACUGACAUUCGAUGGAUGUCACUUGACCGCAACCAUGAGCCACAAAGUAGCAGGCCAUUGGUCUGCCACACCGAAGGGUACUAGGCUGUCAAGGGAGGUGUCAAACUGUGACCAGGCACUUCCAGGGCGGCCCCUGCUAUAUCAGUGCUGUCUAACCUUGUACAUCUCCCUGGUGAGAGCACUAUUUGGCAGAGGGUAGGGAGUAGGCUAGCUACCUGCUCUUUCUCCAUUGGUCAAUAGUGUUUAGCAUUGGCGAGGGAGGGUGGGGACCCUCAACCGUGAAAGGUUAGGGGUCUAAUGUGGAAGGCACUUCAAGUGCCCCCUCAAUAAAAUAUGGUAGCAUACAAACAAAUGCUGCAGUUUGAAGUUUAUGUUCAGGUGCUGGCUUCCACAAGUUAUCACAGACAGGCCUGCAAUCUCCUCUGUUCAGUCUGUGGAGAUUGCAAGGACAAAUAUCAGUGAAGCAGCGUUUAUUGCAAGAGCUGCAAGUUGGUUAACUUAUGCUGCUGAUUUUAACAGUUCAGCAUUGGUUUUGACAUCCCUGAGAUCACCACAAAUAUUACCUCCAACCACGCCGAGCCUUGGACGGGGAUUGCCUGCCUGUGAUGCAUUAGGGCAGUGCAUUGGCAGACAGUAGACUGAAAAGCUGUGAUUUGGCCUGGUUUGGUGUGGUCAGGCGGGGUGGGGGGAGCGGAGGGGGUAGGUGUGAAUGCGCACCAGGUGAUCGUGCCGAUUUUAGUCCGAUAAACUUUGAAAGUUCAUUCUUUGAAGCCCCAAUAAAAAUAAAUGC